GCCACUGACCAGAUGCAGUUAUCAGUCAACGUUCGUACUCGACCAGACAGAAAUCAGCCAAAAUGUUCAAGAUUGCCAUGAUCUGCGCCGUUCUGGGACUGGCCCUGGCCAAUCCUCCAGUGCCCCACAGUGUGGGACGCUCCGAGGAUGUCCACGCCGAGGUGCAAUCCCGAUCGGACGACAUCCGCGCCGAUGGUUUCGACUCCAGCCUGCAGACCAGCAACGGAAUCCAGCAGUCCGCCAGCGGAGAUGUCCAUGGCAACAUCCACGGCAGCUUCGGCUGGAUCUCCCCCGAGGGUGAGCACGUGGACAUCAAGUAUGUGGCCGACGAGAACGGAUACCAGCCCCAGGGUGCCUGGAUCCCAACCCCACCCCCAAUCCCGGAGGCUAUCGCCCGCGCCGUCGCCUGGCUGGAGUCCCACCCCCCAGCACCUGAGCCCAGCUACCACCACUAGGAGCUCCAAGGAAACCCACCUCCUACCUGAAACGUGAAAUUCAAUGCGGACUGUUCUCCGGAUACUUUUCGACCUAGUUGUUUAAGAAUUCUGUUUUUCGAAAUACAUGCAAAUUGUUUACGGCAGUAA